AUGGCCACAAACAUGAUAGAGAGCAAGUUGGAAAAAAUAUUAUCCUAUGUAGGGGCUUUUUUUUCAUUGGAAACAUUGGAUACAAGACUUACGUAUUCUAAAAAAACCGAUACUAAAAAAAUUUCUUUACAAAACAUUAAAAAAACAAAAAAAACAAAAAGCAGGUGGAACACUUUUGAAUUUAAAAUAUAUGGAUUUAGUUUUCUGCUUGUUGUUCCAUUGUUGUUCAAAGCAGCAAUUGAUGCCACCAGUUCAUCCAAUCCAAACUAUCCUAAAUUUGAAGGAUUACUAAGUGACGGUUGGAUGUUUGGUCGCAAAGUUGAUAAUAGUGAUAGCCAAUACAGAUUUUUCAGAGAUAAUUUAUUUUUGUUAUUGGGCUUGGCCAUGGGCCAUGUUUUGUUGAAAAGAGGGCUUUGCUUUUUCUUCAAUUUACAACAAAAAAGGGAAAAAAUUGAUUUGGUAAUCGGUAUACUAUUUUCACUCUUACUUCAUGGAGUUAACGUAAUACGUGUUUUCGUUCACCUUUUGAUUUCAUUUUUAAUUACCAAAGUUACGACUAGCAAAAUAUUUUUUAACAAUAGUAAAGUCAAGGAUAUAGGCAUUGCCAUGACUUGGAUUUAUGGCAUUGGUUCAUUGUUUUUAAAUGAUAGAUUCAGAACUAUUGAAUUUUCUAAAGUGUUACCAUGUCUAUCCUUUUUAGACCAUCAAUAUAAAGGAUUAAUACCACGCUGGGAUGUCUUUUUCAAUUUUACCUUACUAAGAAUGAUCAGCUUUAAUAUGGAUUAUAUUGAUAGAAGUUUUGAGAACAAUAAGAAUGUUGUAGUUAAUGGAAACGAUCAGCAAAAAGAGGAAGAAAUUUUAUUAAAUGAUAUAGACAGAAACAAUUACAAACACCCUCUCUCUGAAUACAAUUUUUCCAAUUAUUUGGCAUAUGUUUUAUAUACACCUUUAUAUAUUGCAGGUCCGAUUGUAACUUUUAAUGACUAUCACUAUCAAUGCCACCAUAUUUUGCCAAGUGUAAAUAAAAAAAGAAUAACAUUAUAUGCACUAAGAUUUGCCUUUUGUGUAUUGACUAUGGAAUUUUUAUUGCAUUUUGUUUAUGUAGUUGCCGCUUCCAAGACACAUGCCUGGGAUAACGACACACCAUUCCAGCUAGCAAUGGUUGGUCUUUUCAAUUUAAACUUGAUCUGGUUAAAAUUAUUAAUUCCAUGGAGAUUGUUUAGAUUGUGGGCCUUGUUAGAUGGCAUCGAUCCGCCAGAAAACAUGAUUAGAUGUAUGGAUAAUAAUUUUAGUGCAUUGCAGUUUUGGAGGGCUUGGCAUAGGAGUUACAAUAAAUGGGUUAUUAAAUACAUUUAUAUUCCUUUGGGUGGAUCAUCUAAUAGAAUUUUAUCUACCUUGGCUGUCUUUUCUUUUGUGGCCAUUUGGCAUGACAUUCAGCUGAAAUUAUUACUGUGGGGAUGGUUGGUUGUGUUUUUUUUAUUACCGGAGAUUUUUGUUACAAAACUUUUCAAACCAUAUAGAGAAAAACCGUGGUACAGAAUAGUUUGUGGAGUCGGUGCUGUUUUAAAUAUCUGGAUGAUGAUGAUUGCCAAUUUAUUUGGGUUUUGCUUGGGUCAAGAUGGAACCAAACAGUUUUUAUAUGAUUUAUUAUUUACAUAUGAUGGUAUUAGGUUUACCUUUCUAGCAAAUUUGGGUUUGUUUAUUGCUGUUCAAGUUAUGUUUGAGUUAAGGGAACAGGAAAAAAGAAAUGGUAUAUAUGUAAAGUGCUAG